AACGCAGCAUGGGACGUUGAAGGCUUGAAGCUCUUCAGUCGCAGACCCAGAGACUAGCUUCCCAAAUUGAUCAAAGUUGUGUGUACCGCCGACACACUGUCCCCUGUCAGUCCCUUUUCUCCCUCUGGCUGCUGUGUGCUCCGUCGUUAGGUUCAUGACGGUGGCUGACGGUGACACUUUAGCGCUCAUUAUGCCUGUGCGAGCAGAGAGCUGCUGUACUACCGGCCUGGCCUGCUCAUCCUCGGCCUCUCUUGUUCCCCCUGCCCCGAUCAACACGUACCAGCCGGGGGUGGCCACUUCGCUGCUGUACAGCGGCUCAGAGUUUCGGGGUUAUCAAAAGAGCAAAGGCAACUCCUACGACGUUGAGGUUGUUCUGCAGCAUGUGACUAUGGAGGACUCCUAUUUGUGUGGAUACCUGAAGAUCAAAGGGCUGACGGAGGAGUAUCCCACCCUCACAACAUUUUUUGCCGGGGAAAUAAUCAGCCGGAAAAGGCCUUUUUUAACCAGGAAAUGGGACGCAGACGAAGAUGUGGACAGGAAACACUGGGGCAAGUUCAAGCCUUUUUACAAAUAUGCCAAAAGCUUUAACUCCGAUGACUUUGACUAUGAAGCACUGGACAGCAGUGAUUUCGUCUUCAUGAGGUGGAAGGAACAGUUUCUAGUUCCAGACCACACCAUCAAAGACAUCAGCGGUGCCUCUUUUGCUGGCUUCUAUUAUAUUUGCUUCCAGAAGUCCACAGCAACUAUCGAGGGCUACUAUUACCAUCGGAGUUCAGAAUGGUACCAGUCUCUAAACCUAAACCACGUCCGGGAGCACAGUAUGCCUAUUUAUGAGUUCCGGUGACAAACAUACACAAGAAAACGAGUAGAAGAAGGUCCUUACUGCUCUGUGGUUAAAUGGGAUGGGAACAACAGAGAGCCCUUUUAUUGCCAAGAUUGGAGCUGAUCCUGAUUCCUCGCUGCAGGAGACUCAACCUGUGAUCAGCCGCUCUUCUGAAGGACUGAAAGAAAGAAGGCACAGAGAGAGGGAAGAGCUGAUAGAAGAUGCAGAUCAAUGACUGACAGUUUUACUGCGACUGUAAGACUGCUGUUUUCCUCGAAAUUUCAUUUUUUUAUUUCAUUUUUGACCCUUGCUUUUGACCUUUUUUUUUUAUUUCAAUUGCGUGCAACCAGAUUGCUUUGUUCUCAGCUGUUGGAAAAGUUUUUCCUUCAGCAGAGACACUAAAUAUGAUCGCCUCUAAAGAUAAGAGUUGCAAAAGAAAAGGCUUUCAAGUUGAGAGAAGAGUUUUGUUCUGUAAAGAUUCAUUUUUGUCUUUUUUUAAAUAAUGUAUAUGAUCCUUGUAAUCUCACUUUAAUGCCCCGUCGUGACUCCUGCAGAGUGAGAUGGUGGAGGGAUUGCCAAAACGUUGCAGAGGAAGUGACGAGGAUCUACUUUUUAUGCAAGGUCUGAAAGAUUGUAGGUUGUGGUUUUGGUCGCUCAGGGAUGGUAGAUCUAAAAAACCAGCUGCUGAUUGUGGGAUUUAGAGUUAGGAUAACAGCGAUGAACAUGUUAUUGAUAACCAAGAGCUGCUGCUUUUUUCACAUUGGAUGUUUCUAUGCAAGCCAAAGGUCUCUAAUAGGUAGGAAAUCUAACUCCACUUUGCUUCUUUUAUUUCAGAUUAUUUGUCUUCCAAUAUCUUUUUUUUUUUUUAAAUCAAGAAUGAUCUUGAGAAGG